AUGACAAUUCACUCGGUUCUACGGCGCGUUGUUCGCAAUGAAGCCAUCCGUGUUGAUCCCCCUGAGAUUUACAAUUGGCGUGUUCUUGCCUUGGCCGCUUCGGCAUGUUUUGCUGGAGCACUCUUUGGAGUGGACGCAGGAAUCAUUGGUGGCGUCUUAGCAAUGCCUGACUUCAAGCGUGAAUUCGGUCUUGAUACUCAACCACCUAAAGCCGCCGCCGAUCUAUCAGGCAACCUCGUCACCACCAUGCAAGCUGGAGCUGUGGCUGGAGCCCUUCUCUCCAGUCCCAUUGCCGAUCGCAAAGGCAGAAAGCCUGCUCUUAUCGCCGUUGCCAUUACGGGAUUUAUUGGUGGGCUCAUGCAAGCGUUUUCAUAUGGCCAUCUAUCAGUUUUUUACAUCGGAAGAUUUGUUGAAGGCCUAGGGCUAGGCGCGGGAACAAUGCUUGCGCCUACUUACGUUUCCGAAAACUCUCCUCGUGCCAUUCGUGGCUUUCUAGUUGGAUUCUUCCAGCUUCUCCUGGUCAUGGGCGGGAUGAUGGCAUAUUUCAUUAACUAUGGCGCUUUGCUACAUCUUCCGCCUAUGGCUACAUGGAUGGUUCCGCUGGCCUGCCAGUCAAUAUGCCCUGCUCUUUUGUUCUUCAGCAUGCUAGGGUGUCCCGAAUCUCCGCGAUGGCUCGCCUCUCAAGACCGGUGGGAUCAAGCGAGCGCCGUAUUGUCGGAUGUCCGGCACCUUCCUAUCGAACACCCUUAUAUACAGGGGGAGCUUCUCGAAUUACGAACGCAGCUGGAUCAAGAAAAGGCCGCCAUGCAGGGUGUAGGCUUUUGGUCCCUACAAAAGGAGUGCUGGACGGUCCCUACAAAUCGGAAGCGAGCACUGUUGACUGUUGGUAUGAUUACAUUCCAGCAAUGGUCCGGGACUGGUGCCAUCAAUUACUACGCCCCCACCAUUUUCCGAGACCUUGGCCUUUCCAGUACAACUACGGCCCUUUUCGCCCAAGGCAUAUAUGGUAUUGUCAAGGUGGUCACCUGCUUGAUAUUUGUAUUUUUCCUUGCCGAUUCUCUUGGUCGCCGUCUUUCUCUCAUGUGGAGUGGUGCCUUACAGGGCUUUUGCAUGUUCUUCCUAGGAUUUUAUGUCCGGUUCGGACCAAAGAUUGGCGAGAAUGAUAGGCCACCCCCAGCUGGCAUUGCUGCUCUAGCUAUGGUAUAUAUCUUUGCCGCUGCCUUCAACAUGGGUUGGGGGCCCGUAUCAUGGAUUUACGUUUCUGAAAUACCAACAAACCGUCUGCGAGCUUAUAACGUUGCCUUGGCCUCGUUCACGCACUGGGUUCAUAAUCUCGCAGUGUCAAAGGCGACCCCAGUGAUGCUGGUCUCCACGCCAUUUGGGGCGUACUUUAUUUUUGGAUCCCUCAAUCUCACCAUGGCGAUUCUUGCCUUUUGGGUCCCAGAAACCAAAGGCAUCUCUUUGGAGCGAAUGGAUGAGCUAUUUGGGGCGGCCGACAUGUCUAAUGUGGAGGAACUCAGUGUCGCAGCGAAACACGCGAAACAGGCAAAAGAGAUUGAUGAGGAAUGA